AAAAUCCCAUCAAAACUUGAGUACAAAGUUUCAGUUUUGUUAGGAAAUAGUAGAGAAAAUGGGAGGGACAACAACGAUCUCAGUUGGGUCGGAUGGGGUGGCUAUCAUCACCAUCAUCAAUCCACCUGCUAAUUCACUUUCUUUUGAUGUACUAAAUAGCUUAAAAGAAAGUUUUGAUCAAGCCUUACAAAGGGACGACGUGAAGGCCAUAGUUGUUACAGGUGCAAAAGGCAAAUUUUCUGGUGGUUUUGACCUCAAUGUAUUAGGCGGACUGCGGGAAGGAAAAGGUAGAUCAAAACAUGGUUGUGAAUCGGUUCAUAUUCUAUCUAAUACCAUGGAAACUGCAAGAAAACCGUCUGUUGCUGCUAUUGAUGGGGUUGCUUUAGGUGGAGGAUUAGAGGUUGCAAUGGCUUGCAAUGCUAGAAUAUCUACUUCUACGACUCAGUUAGGCUUGCCUGAACUGCAGCUCGGAAUUAUUCCUGGAGGCGGAGGAACUCAACGGCUUCCACGGCUUGUUGGUCUAACAAAAGCCCUUGAAAUGAUGUUGACGUCAAAGCCGGUCCAUGGAGAGGAAGCUCAUAAUUUAGGACUCGUGGAUGCCAUUGUACCGAGAGAUGAAUUACUAGAAAAUGCUCGCCAAAAGGCGUUAGAUAUAUACGCCCGUAGAAAACCAUGGGUUUCAAGUCUUUACAGAACAGAUAAAAUCGAGCCACUUGGCGAGGCCCGUGAAAUAUUGAAUUUUGCUAGAGCUCAAGCACGCAAACAAGCACCCAACUUACAACAUCCACAUGUUUGCAUUGAUGUUAUUGAAGAGGGCAUUGUCUCGGGCCCGCAUGCUGGAAUAUUGAAGGAAUCUGAUGCAUUUCAAGUUCUUUUAAAGACGGAUAUUUGCAAGAGCUUGGUUCAUCUCUUCUUUGCCCAGUGUGGUACUACAAAGGUACCCGGGGUCACGGAUCUUGGUUUGAAACCAAAACAAAUAAGAACGGUUGCUAUUGUUGGCGGAGGUCUGAUGGGGUCCGGAAUAGCAACGGCUUUGAUUCUAAAUGGGUAUCAAGUUUUCUUGAAAGAAGUCAAUCAAAAGUUCUUGGAUGCAGGAUUAGGCAGAGUCAAAGUCAAUUUGACAAGCAGUGUUAAGAAAGGUAAGUUGACUAAAGAAAAGUUUGAGAAAACCAUCUCUCGUAUCACGGGCGUUCUCGACUACGAAAGCUUUAAAGAUGUGGAUAUGGUGAUUGAGGCUGUUGUUGACAAUGUCUCGUUGAAACAAGAAAUAUUUUCGGAUUUGGAGAAGUACUGCUCUCCAAAUUGCAUACUUGUAAGUAACACCUCAACAAUUGACUUGAAUCUAAUUGGUGAGAAGACAAAAUCUCAUGAUAGGAUAAUUGGUGCACACUUUUUCAGCCCGGCUCUCGUUAUGCCACUUUUGGAAAUCGUCCGGACGACGAAAACAUCACCUCAAACAGUGGUUGACUUGUUGGAUGUGGCGAAAAAGAUUAGAAAAACACCAGUUGUAGUUGGGAACCGCACAGGUUUUGCUGUUAACAGGAUGUUUUUCCCAUAUACUCAAGCGGCUCUUUUGCUAGUAGAACGUGGGGCCGGCGUAUACAACAUUGAUCGAGCGAUUACAAAAUUUGGAAUGCCAAUGGGCCCGUUCAGAUUGUGUGAUCAUGUUGGUUUUGUUGUUGCAGUGGCGUCUGGGACACAGUUUGUUUAUAGUUUUCCUGAAAGAACAUAUAAAUCUAUGCUUAUUCCACUCAUGCAAGAGGAUAAAAGAGCAGGUGAAACCACUCGCAAAGGUUUUUAUCUCUACAAUGAUAAAUGCAAAGCGAGUCCAGAUCGUGAAAUAAAAAAAUACAUCAAGAAAGCAAGGGAAAUUUCUGGCAUCUCAGUUGAACCUGAGUUAAGGAAACUAUCAGAUAAUGACAUAAUAGAGAUGGUGUUCUUUCCUGUUGUCAACGAGGCGUGUAGAGUAUACGCUGAGGGUAUUGCAGUAAAGGCAGCUGAUUUGGAUAUCGCGGGUGUUAUGGGAAUGGGAUUUCCACCUUACAGGGGAGGGAUUAUGUUCUGGGGAGAUUCGGUUGGAUCUAAGUACAUAUAUGAGAGGUUGAAUGAGUGGUCAAAGUUGUAUGGGGACUUCUUUAAGCCAUGUGACUACUUGGCUCAGAGAGCUGCACUCGGGGCUCCUUUGAGUUCGCCAUUGGAUCAAACAAAAUCGCGGUUAUGAGAUGAAUAUAUGAAAUACAAUCAUCUACCGGUUUUAUGGAUGUUGAAGUAAUUAAAAGUGGAGAUAAAAGUUGCUUUAUAAUUGUGAUAAUAAUAGGUUGAAAAGUAGCAACUUGUUUCUGUUUAUGUUUAUGAUGAUCUUCACAUCAUGUUGUCGGAAAGAAGAAAAUAAAUAGUAUAGGGGGCUAAUAUGUAACUUGGUGUUCUAUAUAGCACCAUUUCUUUGUAACCCUAAGUGAUAUACUUCAAUACAAUUCAAUACAAUUCAAACCCCAAAUCAGUUCAUUCUUUAUACCAAACAACAUGGUAUCAGAGCAGUGUUUCUGAUUCUGGAACACUUUGCCCAUCAUCUACAUCAACCCCAAUCAAUCCAACCUCAAACCAGAACAAAACCUGAUAAUCAAAUCACAAAAUCAGACUAAAAAAACGAACCUGUCGAAUCCGCAUCCAUCAACAACAGCAGUCGCCGUCACCGUUCCAGCCAGCAAAACUCCGAAACACUAAGAUUCCCAUAAAUCUGUCGCCGCCGCCGCGU